CAGCUAAAACUAUGGAACAAGUUCAGAAUUUCCAACAUUCCCUCACUGAUUUUUAUUGAAGCAUGCACAGGGAAGACUGUGUGCAGGAAUGGCCUCUUGUUAAUAAGAGAUGACCCAGAAGGUCUGGAAUUCCCUUGGGGGCCAAAGCCUUUCAGUGAAGUAAUUGCUGGACUUUUGCUCAGAAACAAUGGUCAGAGCCAAGACAGUAGUACGUUGGAAGGGUCUUAUGUUGGUGUUUAUUUCUCUGCACAUUGGUGUCCUCCUUGUCGAAGUUUGACAAGAGUAUUAGUGGAAUCGUAUAGAAAAAUCAAAGAGUUGGGUCAAAAAUUCGAAAUAGUCCUCGUUAGUGCUGACAGGUCAGAAGAAUCAUUUAAGCAGUAUUUCAGUGAGAUGCCCUGGUUGGCAGUUCCAUACAGUGACGAAGCACGACGGUCACGGUUAAACCGAUUAUAUGGAAUACAAGGUAUUCCUAAUCUCAUUAUUUUGGAUCCCAAAGGAGAAGUCAUUACACGACAGGGAAGAGUUGAGGUUCUUCAUGAUGUUGAUUGUAAAGAAUUCCCUUGGCACCCCAAACCUGUUGUAGAGUUAACAGAAUUAAACGCAGUGCAGCUGAACGAGGGGCCGUGCCUUGUCCUUUUUGUAGACUCUGAGGAUGAAGGUGAGUCAGAAGCAGCUAAAGAACUUGUUCGACCCAUAGCCGAGAAAAUUAUAGCACAGUAUAAAGCCAAAGAUGAGGAAGCACCACUACUGUUUUUUGUAGCCGGAGAGGUGAGUGGGGAGAAAAAUAAAUGUAUUCACAGUCAAAGUAUAUUGUUGGUGUUUGUUAAAUGUUCUGUUUAUAUAAUAUAA